CAUUUGCAUGCAUGCAUGCAAAUUCAACAUCCUUAAUUAAUCUCUCUUUUCACUUUUCUCCAUCUCUCUGUGUGUAAUUUUCCCUCUUCCAUUGCUGGUUACCCUAAAAACGGAAACCGGCAAUGGAUCAGGAACCACCACAAUCAUCAUCAACACCAAGAACAAGCGUAUCAUCGUCAUCUUCUUCUUCAAUAACGUCGAAAAAACCUCCACCACCAACAACUCCACCAUUAUCCCUCCUUGAACCGGCUGAUUCUACCAAGAAAAAAAGCCGGACUAGGGUUUUUCGAGUUUUUCGUAACGUUUUUCGAUCAUUCCCUAUUAUAACACCUGCAUGCAGACUCCCUUCUCUCCCCGGUGGUCGGUUACCGGACAGUAAUAGCCGUAUAAUCGCCGGUUCAAGAAUCACCGGAACGUUGUUUGGAUAUCGAAAAGGACGUGUUAGUCUUUCCAUUCAAGAAAACCCUAGGACUUUUCCUACAGUUGUUCUUGAACUGGCUUUGCAAACCAAUGUUUUGCAGAAGGAAAUGAAUCUUGGCAUGGUGAGGAUUGCUUUAGAAUGUGAGAAAAGGGACAAAAAGGAGAAGAUAAAUCUUCUUGAAGAACCAUUAUGGACCAUGUAUUGUAAUGGCAAAAAAAAUGGCUAUGGUGUGAAAAGAGAAGCUACAGAAGAAGAUCUCAAUGUGAUGGAGAUUAUCAAGCCGGUGUCGAUGGGCGCCGGCGUCUUGCCCGGAAAAUCCGACGUGGAAGGGCCGGACGGCGAGAUGACGUACAUGAGGGCACAUUUUGAACGUGUGGUUAAAUCAAAGGAUGCUGAAACCCUAUACAUGCUGAGCCCAGAUGCAAAUGAUGGACCUGAAUUGAGUAUUUUCUUUGUAAGAAUAUAAUGAGUGUACAAUGAUCUUUGGGUCUUUUAAUUUUAUUAUUAGUUGGAUCCCCUCUAAAAAUGAUUAGUGAGGGAUUUAUGGUAGAGUUUAAGCUAUAUAUAUCGUCAGUGUAAGAAUUGUUUUACACAAUCAGGUCACCAGGGUCAGGAGCAAGCUACAAUUCUGAUUAUGGAUGCAACAGAAUUCAUUAGCUUUAUCCUAGCACGUUGUAAUUGUGUUAAAAAAAUUAUUUAAUAUGUAUAAAUUAUCUA